UGUCUUUUUCUUUCUUUGGACAACAAAUUCUUUUGCAUUUAUUUUAAUUUUAAAUGCUGGAAUGGGAUCCCAGCGUGGACUGAGCAGGUACUACCCGCAGCUGUAUAUAUAAGUAUGGAAUGUGGUGCUCACAAUUCUAAACUUGUUGCUCUCUCUCUCCCAAUUCAUUUCUAUCACUCUGCAAAAUCUUUUGAAUUUUCCUGUGAAAGUAAAUGGUUAAUUGAAGAAGAUGGGGAGACAGCCUUGCUGUGACAAAGUUGGAUUAAAGAAAGGGCCUUGGACCGCUGAUGAAGAUAAGAAACUCAUCAAUUUCAUUCUCACUAAUGGCCAAUGCUGCUGGAGAGCUCUCCCUAAACUUGCAGGUCUGCUGAGGUGUGGAAAGAGCUGCAGAUUGAGAUGGACUAACUAUCUCAGGCCAGAUUUGAAGAGAGGACUUCUCUCUGCGUGUGAAGAGAAAUUGGUGAUUGAUCUUCAUGCCCAGCUAGGGAACAGAUGGUCCAAGAUUGCCUCUCAUCUCCCCGGGAGAACAGACAACGAAAUCAAGAAUCAUUGGAACACACACAUAAAAAAGAAGCUGAAGAAAAUGGGAAUCGACCCCGUCACCCACCAGCCUCUGCCGCCGCCAACCGCCGUGGAUGAGUUGGGUGCGACCGAGUCCACCACCACAUUUGAGCAGUCAACCAUUUCAACUGACGAAAGCAAUGAUGACAAAAUCAUGAGCCCCUUUGAGUCAAGCGAUGUGUUAUUAGUCAACAGCUCGGAUUUCUGCAUUGACGAAAUUCCCGUGAUGGAGCCCCACGAGAUCCUGCUCCCGCCGUCCGAUCACCACUCUCCGUCGUGCUCGUCGUCUUCGUCGUCGUCAAACGCGGCGCAGAGCUUCCAGGAUUACUGCAGCGAGAUACUGAACACCAACAUCUGGGACCAAGAAUUCGGAGACGUCUUUGAUUUGUUGGGCGAUUUCAACGGGAAAGCUGCACUCGACUUUGAAUCUUCCUUGCCGAUCAUCAUUGGAGAUGAAGAUUGUUGGAAAUUUGAUGUCAUGUGAAUCGUUUUAGUUUCUUCUUUUUAGUGAAUAAUUUUUGGUGAUGGAGAGAGAGCCAAGAUUCAAAUUAUUUUUCUGAGUUUUCGCCCACACUUUAGUUGCUCGGAAAAUUUAGAUAACCAAUAUUAACCAUCUCUUGUAUAUUGGAUGUCAUUAAUAUUAAUAUUAGAUAUUGUUGAGCUGAAA